CCGCGACGCGCGAUCGCGCCCGCCCGCGCCCGCGACUCGAUCGAACGCGCGACGCCGCGCGACAUGACGACCGCCGACGACGCCGUCGACGCCGUCGACGUCUCGCCCGUCGGCGACGGCGGCGUCACGAAACGCAUCGCGACGCCCGCGCCGCCCGACGCGCGCGCGCCCGAAAAGGGCGACGCCGUCACCGUGCACUACGUCGGCUCGCUCGCGACGGGCGAGACGUUCGAUUCCUCGCGCGAGCGCGACGAGGCGUUCACGUUCACGCUGGGAAAACACGAGGUGAUCGACGCGUGGGACGUCGGCGUGGCGACGAUGCGCGUCGGCGAACGGGCGACGCUGACGUGCGCGCCGGAGUACGCGUACGGCGAUCGAGGGGCGCCGCCGAAGAUUCCCGGCGGCGCGACGCUGAUAUUUGACGUGGAAUUGCUGUCGUUCAAGUCGCACAGGGAUCUGUGCGGCGAUGGGGGGGUGAUGAAGGAGACGGUGAGAGAGGGCGAGGGAUACGCGAGCCCGAGCGCGGAGGACGAGGCGACGGCGACGAUGGAGGCGAAGACGAGGACGGGAGACGAGACGCUCGUGGCGAAGACGACGCGGACGUUUUCGUUGGCGGCGAAUGGAGACGCGCCGUGCGAGGGCGUGCGCGCGGCGCUGCUGAAGAUGAAGCGGGGGGAGACGGCGCGGGUGACGCUGAGCGAAGCGUACGCCGAGGGGUUGACGACGGCGAAGGACGGCGCGGUGGUGGAGUUGAUGCUCGACGCGAUUCACGCGGUGGUCGCCGUGAACGGCGUCGAGGGGGCGACGAAAAAGAUUUUGGAGGAAGGUGAAGGGUACGAGACGCCGAACGAUGGGGCGAAGUGCGAGAUUGAGUACGAAAAGCGCGUCGGCGGCGCGACGACGGAGACCAAGCCGGCGCACGAAAUCGUCGUCGGCGACGAGCACGUCCCGGAUGAGCUCGAGAGCGCGAUCGCGAUGAUGAAGCUGAACGAAAAGGCGCUGGUGAAGCUGGCGGAUGGGACCGAGUACACGGUCAAAAUGACCAAACUCGAGCGCGCCAAGGAGCAAUGGUCGAUGAACAACGCGGAAAAGAUUGAGGCGGCGGAAAAAUACAAGACGAGCGGGAACGACGCGUACAAGGGUGGUAAGUUUGCGCGCGCUACGAAGAAGUACGACGCGGCGUUGAAGUUCGUCGAAAUGGACGAGUCGUUCUCUGAUGAGGAGAAGCAAGCGAGCAAGAAGCUCAAGCUCAGCUUGAAUUUGAACUCCGCGGCGGUGGCCAUCAAAACCAAGUCGUGGAUGAGCGCUCGCAAGUCAAGCGAAAAGGCGCUCGCGAUUGAAGGGUCGAACGAAAAAGCGCUCUAUCGCUUCGCGCAAGCGGCGAUGGAGUUACAAGAGUACGACGAAUCACGUCGUUCGUUGAAGAAAAUAUUGGAAGCAGAUGAAUCGCACGCCGAGGCCACGCGAAUGUUGACGCGCUUGAAAGCGCUCGAGGCGCAUCAGGCGAAGAAGGACGCGAAGAUUUUCGGAGGCAUGUUCAGCAAGAUUGACUUGGGUUACGAGGACGUCAAAGUCAAGGCGGACGAGCCCGAUGAAGAAAUACCGGCGCCCGAAGCGAUGCCCGAGGUGCCGGCGUUCGAUGAGCCCCCCGCACCGGAUGCGAACGAGCCGUUCGGUGUCGAGAGCGUGUAACCGAAACGCGCGUUCUCGUCUUUUUAAUCAAGAAUCAAUUUUCAACCGCU